CAAGGCAUAGCAUUCUCUCAGGAUGCAUUUGAAAAAUCCUAUAUUUCUUUUUUGCGUCGUGUAUGGCUUCUUUGUUGCUGUUGGUUUUGCUAAGACUUUGUGUAGCUUUCCGUGGAUAGAAUUCAAUGGACAUUGUUAUAUGUUUGGAACAGACAAAAAAAGUUGGUUUGAAAGCAAAGUUGCAUGCAACACAAAAAAUGCUUAUCUUGCUCGAGUGGAAACACCCAGGGAAAAUGACUGGAUUAUCCAACAACUCUUUGCUUUAAAUGGAGGAUGGCAUUGGAUGGGUGGGAACACUUUGAGAAAGGUUGGUGAUUGGAAAUGGGAAUCAACCAAUGAAAAAAUCGGAUACACCUUCUUUCAUCCAACAGAGCCUAAUCGCCCGACAAUAGAAAGAUGUCUGUGUUACUUUACCGAUGGUAAAAAUGCGUUUUAUUGGGGAGAUAACGUAUGCACCAGCAAACUGAGUUACAUUUGCGAAAAAAAUUGAAAUAAAUUGUAAAAGUUUACUGUUUGUAUAAUGCAAUUGAAGUAAAGGUUGAGUUAGCAGAUGCCUGAUUAAGUAUCAGUGUUAUAAAUAAAGUCAUUAAUACGCAACGUACCUUAUCUAUUGCUGAUGUUUUAAGAUAUUCUUAAUUUAAA